CCAUAAUAUGGAGGGGAUUGGAAAACCUGAAUCACAUGAUAUGGAGGGGAUUGGAACAUGGUCACAUGACAGAACAGGUCACGUGGCAGAACAGAAGCCGUCUGCAUGCCUAGGGGCUUGAUUGUAUACACCUGUGUCCAUGGAGGGGAUUGGAACACCUGAAUCACAUGAUAUGGAGGGGAUUGGAACACCUGAAUCACAUGAUAUGGAGGGGAUUGGAACACCUGAAUCACAUGAUUGGGAGGGGAUUGGAACACUUGAAUCACAUGAUAUGGAGGGGAUUGGAACACCUGAAUCACAUGAUAUGGAGGGGAUUGGAACACCUGAAUCACAUGAUUGGAGGGCGGGGCCAAUACUUUUGGCAAUAUAGUGAAUAUCAGACCCUCAUCUAGUAUAAGGAUCUGGUAUAGAUGAAUGGAAUCCUGGGCUCCACAGAGGCUGGGAACUG